GUGGAGGCAGUAGUGGACCACCGUGUGCGGGGGCGCUUCACGGAGUAUAAGGUGAGGUGGAAAGGCUUUGGCCCCAAGGAUGACUCCUGGGUCCCUGAGGCUGAGCUUAACUGUGACACCCUCCUCAACAAGUACUUCAAGACAGCUGGAGCCAAGCAGGAAGAGGUGUAUGAGGUGGAAGCCAUCAUGGGCUUGAGGGAAGUGAAAGGACGCACCGAAUACAAAGUGAGAUGGAAGGGCUGGAGUGCAAAGUAUGAUUCGUGGCUGUCUGAGGAGGAGCUGAAUUGCCCUGACCUCCUGAAGCGCUUCCUGUCAACCCUAGAGAAGUUAGAAAAGCAGGAAGAUUGGCAGGUGGAGAAGAUCCUGGACUCCAAAGAGAAGAAGGGCAAGAUUGAGUAUCUGAUCCAGUGGAAGGGCUGGGGGCCCAAGUACAACACAUGGGAACCUGAGGAAAACCUCUCUGGCUGUCAGCAGAUCUUGGAGCGUUUCAAGGAGUCACAGCAGAAGGAAAAGGAUAAGAUGCUGAAGGAGGGGCGGAGAAUGCGAGAGGAGAGGCCAACAACCCAGAGGUUUGCCGACAACUUCUCAGAAGGAACUCGCUCCCGGUCACGAAGAGCCGGCAAAAACCGUUCAUAUUCAGAGUUUUAUAACCAGUGAAUUUGUGACAGGUGGAGAAAGAGAAUGAAAAGAAGAAAAAACUCUUCUUGACCCUUUAGAAAAAAAAAAAAUAAUAAUUUUUUAAGGAGCAUUAAACUUUAUAGGAGGAAAAAGUUGAAUACCUAUAUGUUGAGAAUUCAUUAGCAGUGCAGUGCAUUUUAGGGUGUGUUGUGUAUCCGUUGGCAUUGCAGUGGUAGUGAAUACUCAUUUUACUUUCAUAGAAGAAAAAAAGAAUUGUGAGAAUAAUCACAUGCAGAGUAGAAGAAUGUUUUAGUUAUCAUGUCCUAUUUUUGUAGAGCAGAAAGUCCUGUAUUAGCAGAAAAUUGUUAUCUAAUACAUAUCCAUUCAUUUGUAAAGUUGUAGAUUUUCGUUAUCUAGAUGGAACUGUUGCAUUUGUAUUUUAUUUUUUUAAAUGUUUUUGCUUGUUUUAGAAAUUUAUGAACCUAACUUACUCAAAAGCCAUGGGUGAAAAAAAUAGGGUAUAUAAAUGUGGUAAUUAUGGAAAACUUGAAACAUUGCCAGAUAGAACUCAAUGAUCCUGAAUAAUCAGUUCUGCAGAA